AUUUUUUUCGUUUUUGCCAGAAAAAAUGAGAAAAUGUAAGACGUCUCUUUAAAUUUCUGGAAACUGUAGCAGGUGUUUUCUUAAAAUUUGAUACUCAUAAAUUGAAGCCUUGGGUAUUUUUAAAAUGUUUACAUUUUAAAAGCCAACAGGUAUGUAACCUGUGACAAACAUGAAGUGGAAACUGUAGUCAUGCAAGCAGUGGACUGGUACAGGUCUCAGCAGUUUCUCACUGAUAAGCACUACAGUGUUAACAGGAAUAGAAUUAAUCUGCACCACUAUUUUAAAUGUCAUGCAGAAGUAAGAUAGUUCCCCUCUGACUAUCUUCAUCUUUACAUCCAUUACAAUCAUCUAUUCUAUAUUUCUAUAUCAUACAGAUGCAAACUGCAGUUUUGUGAUUUUGCUUAAGUGAACUCCAGUAAAGUUUUGGCUAUCAGUCCAAAAAAGAAAAAGAAAAAAAAGAAGGAUGAAGAGCACAGAGAAAAAGAGAUGGAGAAGCGAAAAGGGGCCAGGAGGUAGAGGCGAACUUCUCACAGAUAACUUCCUAAUUUCAGACAAGGAGAAGAUCUGUGAGAAACGAAGAAGUGAAAGGUUUCAGGUUGAAACCUGAAAGGUGUGGGUGUCAACGGCACACCGUGCAUGCGUGUGUGUGUCCGCUUGCAUUCCUUCCACAGGAAUCUUCAGAGAAGUGGUUUCAUGUCAUAAAUAGAAACAGGACACAGUUUCAUUUGAUGCACUUUUGUCAAGUCUUUCUCCAAAUGUUACAACUGGAAAUAUAUGUAUGUAAGCAGUGGUGGAAAGUAAACACAUGCAAGAACUGAACGUGAAAGCAAAUGUGAGAAAGAAGAUGGAAAAAGAUAGAGUAAGCAUCUCACCGCGAAGAAGUCCUCCCCUCCGAGAAGAGCUAAGACAAACAUCUCAGCGCAGUUUCUACCUAAGCCCAGCUCCGCUCUUUAUUCAGCCCCCCAAAUUUUCUCCAGCUAGAUAUCCCAGCAUAUCACCCACCAGAGAUGCCUACAGUGCUUUUAGUCCACCUCUUUUCUUUCCCAUGCUUGGCCCCAGUUACACCCUCAAAGAAGGAUCCCAAAAACGCAAAAGGACUCCCUUAAAAGUAGAUGGCCAUGAGGGAGGUGAAUCUCCUGAGAAGGAGGCAGAAGAGGCAGAAGAAAGCCGCAGUAAGAAGACAGUGGACCUGCCACACAUUCCCUUUUCCCUCCCACCUCGUCCGUUUCCGUCUCCAUCUCCAAAACCCAUCCCUGGCAUGAUCGAGCUCAACAGCCUGCAGCUUCAACACAGACCUCCAGAUGUGAAUUUUCCUGUGCAGGUAAAACAGGAGCCACUCAGUCCUUCCCCCAUCUGGCCACCCUCUCCUCUGCUUCUUCACCCGCCCUACUUCCCACCUCUCCACCACAACCUUCUCCCUUACCCCUUCUUUAUGCCUGGCCCUAUCAUGCACCACCCCCCUGGUGGUUUCUACCCCAGAGAGGACCUCCGCCCCAGUCAUAGCGCCCGUGAAGGAGCUCCUCGAAGUGGUACGAGCAGCGCUGAGAAGCUCGGUCUCAAUGUUCACGUAGAUGACAGCUACUAUGUGGACGUUGGCGGAGACCAGAAGAGAUGGAAGUGUCGAAUGUGUGAGAAGUCCUACACAUCCAAGUAUAACCUGGUCACACACAUCCUGGGUCACAACGGCAUCAAACCACACGGAUGUCACCUGUGUGGGAAGCUAUUUAAGCAGCUGAGCCACCUGCAUACACACCUACUCACACACCAGGGAAUGAGGCCCCACAAGUGCCAGGUGUGCCACAAGGCCUUCACCCAGACCAGCCACCUGAAGAGACACAUGAUGCAGCACAGUGACGUGAAGCCAUACAGCUGCAGUGUGUGCGGUCGAGGUUUCGCUUAUCCCAGCGAGCUUCGAGCCCACGAGCUGAAGCAUGAAAAAGGUCAAGAGAAUGUAUGUGUGGAGUGUGGUCUAGACUUCCCCACACUGGCACAGCUAAAAAGGCACCUGACCGUCCACCGAGGUCCCACAUUGUACAGGUGUACAGAGUGCCAGAAGACUUUCCAGUAUCCCAGUCAGCUUCAGAACCACAUGAUGAAACACAAAGACAUCAGACCGUAUAUCUGCAGUGAGUGUGGGAUGGAGUUCAUCCAGUCGCACCACCUGAAACAGCACACGCUCACUCAUAAAGGGGUGAAGGAGCACAAGUGUCGCAUCUGUGGUCGUGAAUUCACCCUGUUGGCCAACAUGAAGCGUCACGUCCUCAUCCACACCAACAUUCGGGCCUACCAGUGCCACAUGUGCUUUAAGAGUUUCGUCCAGAAACAGACUCUAAAGGCUCACAUGAUCGUCCACUCGGACAUCAAGCCCUAUAAAUGCAAGCUUUGUGGGAAAGAAUUCAACAGGAUGCACAACCUAAUGGGCCACAUGCAUCUCCACUCAGACAGCAAACCCUUCAAAUGCCUAUACUGCCAGAGCAAGUUCACACUGAAGGGGAACCUCACCAGACACAUGAAGGUUAAACAUGGUGUCAUGGACAGAGGCCUGGAUGAGAGACUAUUUAGGCAAAGAGGGCGUUUCUGUCUGACCACCCCGAUGGACCUCCUCACCCACUUCAGCCAAGAGGAACCGUUUGACCUCUCCCAGAAACCCCCGGGUCUGCCCAGCCUCCGUCUCUCCCAGUCUGAUGGUGAGAGCGUCCCGGGAAGCUCCUGUCAGGAGGAGGAGGAUGAGGAGAGUUUGUACAGAAGGAGCCAGUACAGCCCUGAAGUAGACCACCACGAGGAAGCAGGUGCUCAGUACAUCCCUGAGCUGGAGGAAAGAAGGCAGGGAUCCCCUGGUGAACCGAGGGAAGGCAAGAGACAGAAACAGCAGAAGUACCAGGAAAGUUUAGAGGAUGAGACGUUUGAGAGGGAGUCAGUAGCAGAAGGUCAAUCUAAAGUUCCCAGAGGUAACAAGGUGCAGCUAUUGGAGUCCGAGACAUCCUAUGAAUCAGAUGCAGAAUUAGGUGAGCAGGUGUGCCGCCAAAAAAUGGUCCGUAGACAGUCAUAUGAAUAUGACUCAGAAGAAGAAGAAGCACAUCAGCAAGAGCUAGAUGAACCAAAACAAAGAAAAGAAAAGUUGGAUAACUUUCACAAGGCCAUCGAUGUGGAAGAGACAAACAAAUACGAGCGCAUUGCUCAAAGAGUUUACGGGUCAAACGGUGAAGAAGACAAACAUGAAGAAAAGUGAGUCAAAGACUCAGAAUUGUUUCUUGUUUAAAACUAAGUGGUUGUUUUGGAGGGCAACGACAAUAUGUAUGCUUCCAAACAUCUCUGAUUAGGGAAGGGUGGUGAGUAGCAGCGAAUGAACUUGUUGUUUAUUACCAGAGCAAAAAAAUCAAGAAUAAAUACAAGCUGUGAAGAAUAUUGCAUGUAAAAAACAUAUCAAAUUAUCAUUAAUAGUGACUGACAGAAGCUUUGGCUGGAAACGUGCAAUGUAAAUAAAAUGCAAACAGAUAUUUAAUGUUUUAGUUUUUUACAAAUCAUUUUGAAAUGUUUCUUAAAUAUGUAACUCUGGUUUGACUCAGAAUCUAAUCUGUGAUAUUAAAAUUUUAAGUGUUACUGAUCACACCAUUGUACAUGCUCUACUCAUGUUUGUGUGAUAUUGUUCUAAAAGUCAGCAAAAAACUGGAUGAAAAAUGUUUUUGACAGACACAAUUGAAAAAAAAAGCUAAAAUGAUUUUGUUUUUUUACAUUCUAUGUCUCGAUUGUUUUUUAUGCACAUGCUCUUUUUUGGAGAUAUUUCUGUGUUUUAUUGCAAUGUUGGUGAUCUGAAUAUGAUUCUGAUGAAUAAAUACUGAAAUAAAAGCUUGAAU